UGUCUGUGUGGUGGUUUGAGAAAGUGAAUGUUGGGGCAUUGGAGUACUCAGGGUUUUUUGUUUGCCAUGGAUAAAGGGUGGACACAGUUACCCUUGUUUGUAAUCUUCCUGCUCUUUUUGAGUAAUACUCAUGGAUUUAAAGGUGGGGCUCAUUCAGAUGCCCGCCACCGGUGGGGCCAAGCUUCAGACAGAACGUUCUCACCUCGUGCAGUCCAGUCUUCUGUGUCAGAGGUCCCUGUGACUGGGAUUUUGCCUGAAGAAGUGGGCUCUAGUUUAUUCGCUAACAGACCCCUGAAAAGGUUGAACUUACUCCAAUUUGUUAAAGGUGGUGUUUCCAGCAGGCAUGAAUCAAUGUCCCAUGCCCAGACAGCUCCAAGCAGCUCUGUUUUAGCUUCCUUGCCUCUACCCUUAAAUGAACGGCAUGCAGGCCGUUUGACAUCGCUCCAGGGUUCCUCUGGAUCAGCCGCUACAGAUACUACUAGUGUUUCUACACAAGGAGAAAGUAGCUUCCCUGCCACACUUGGCACUUCUGGCCUGUCCACCAGUGAUGAAAGCUCCCCUAGUUUGUACAUGUCCAGCUCCCUGGAAACCUCUGGUGCUAAAUCAGCAGAAGCCACUUUGCCUGUGUUCUCUCAGGAGAGUAUCUCUUACAGCAGUUCAUCUGCUCCAGGUGCCACGUACACUUCUCAAGGUAGCCCAGUGCUGGCUUCAGAAGGCUCUGGUCAAUCCAUCUCCCCUCAGGGUGAAAGCAGUUACAGUGGCUCGCCUCAGUCUCAAGGUGCCUCGAGUCAAUAUAACCCAGGCUCCUAUAACAUGCUCAGUUCUUCAUCUGUUUCUAGUCAGUCUACCAGUGACCAGAGUACCCCCGGUUUGUAUAGUUCUAGCUUUCAGGGAAGUUCGGGCAGUUUGUUGGAAGCUUCUGGCUCUUCUUUUCAAGGGGAAGUGGCAGGGCUUAGCUCUCAUGUUGACUUGUCUCCCCAAUCACAAGACAACUCCAGUCAGCUUCUACCCUCACAAAUGGAGGUCUCUAGCCAGUCUACUAAUGGUCAAAGCACUCCCAGCUUGUUUAUGCUUGGCUCUGAGAGCAGUUCAGAUUCACAGUCAACAGGUCCUGCUUCACCUCUAGACACUCAGGGUAGUCUCUCUCAAAGCAUUUCUAGCCAGUCCACAAGCGUUCAAAGUUCACCUAGUGUGUCUACAAGCACCCAGAGCAGGUCUGCCACUCAAUUAACUUCCAGUAAUUUUUUUCCUGUGCAGGGAGGUAGUAGUUCUACUUCUAGCUUCUAUCUGAAGCCUCAGGGCACUCUGGGUCUGUAUGCCCCUGCGUCCCGUACCAAAUAUGUGAGUUCCCCCAUGUCAUCACACCCAGCUGUUUAUAGCCAGUCAAAAAGUAGCUCUGGUCCUUGGUUUGGGGGCUCUACUGGCUUUGCCUCCCAUGGAAUAAGUAGCACUUACAGUGGUUCUGUCCAGCCUCAAGGUACCACAAGUCAGUUUGCCUCUGGGUCUCCAUCCUACUAUCCAAGUGUAUCACUAUCCUCGCCACAAGGGGCCUCCAGUCAGUCUGCUACAGUCCAAAGUUCACGGAAGCAGAUUGCCUCUAGCUAUGGCACCCAGUCAGGGUCCUCUAAGCCAUUCACUCUGCAGGGAAGCUCCACUUAUGGUGGGUCACUCCAGCCUCAAGGUACCUCAAAUCAGUUUGCCUCUGGGUCUCCAUCCUCCUAUCCAAGUGUAUCACUAUUCUCACCCCAAGGUGCCUCCAGUCAGUCUGCUACAGUCCAGAGUUCACGGAAGCAGAUUGCCUCUAGCUAUGGCACCCAGUCAGGGUCCUUUAAGCCAUUCACUCUGCAGGGAAGCUCCACUUAUGGUGGGUCACUCCAGCCUCAAGGUACCACAAGUCAGUUUGCCUCUGGGUCUCCAUCCUACUAUCCAAGUGUAUCACUAUUCUCACCCCAAGGUGCCUCCAGUCAGUCUGCUGCAGUACAGACUUCACAGAAGCAGUUUACCUCUACCUUCACAGUCAACUCUGGCACCCAGGAAGGACCCUCUGCUCCCUUCAAAUGGCAGGGAAGCACCACCUAUGGUGGAUCACUCCAGCCUCAAGAUACCACAAGUCAGUUCGCCUCUGGAUCUCCAUCCUACUAUCCAAGUGUAUCACUAUCCUCGCCACAAGGGGCCUCCAGUCAGUCUGCUACAGUCCAGAGUUCACGGAAGCAGUUCACCUCUAGCUAUGGCACCCAGUCAGGGUCCUCUAAGCCAUUCACCCUGCAGGGAAGCACCACCUAUGGUGGAUCACUCCAGCCUCAAGAUACCUCAAAUCAGUUUGCCUCUGGGUCUCCAUCAUCCUAUCCAAGUGUAUCACUAUUCUCACCCCAAGGUGCCUCCAGUCAGUCUGCUACAGUCCAGAGUUCACGGAAGCAGUUCACCUCUAGCUAUGGCACCCAGUCAGGGUCCUCUAAGCCAUUCACCCUGCAGGGAAGCACCACCUAUGGUGGAUCACUCCAGCCUCAAGAUACCUCAAAUCAGUUUGCCUCUGGGUCUCCAUCCUCCUAUCCAAGUGUAUCACUAUUCUCACCCCAAGGUGCCUCCAGUCAGUCUGCUACAGUCCAGAGUUCACGGAAGCAGUUCACCUCUAGCUAUGGCACCCAGUCAGGGUCCUCUAAGCCAUUCACCCUUCAGGGAAGCACCACCUAUGGUGGAUCACUCCAGCCUCAAGAUACCACAAGUCAGUUUGCCUCUGGGUCUCCAUCCUCCUAUAAUGGUCAUUGUGUAUCGUUGUCCUCGCCCCAAGGUGUUGCCGACCAGUCCAGCCAAGCAUUUCAAAGCUUUUCUGGGUCCCAAAGCCAAAAGUCUCAAAGAUGGCAGCCUUCACGAGGUAUUCAGACCUCAGGUGCAGCUGCAUCACAGGGCAGCUCUCUGUCUCAAAGCUCUCCAAUGCAGAGUUUGUUUCCUUCCCUGUCAUCAGCAGGAGGCUCAUCUUCAGGAGAUCCUGGACCGUUUGUUUCUGCACAGGGUGGUAGCAGCAGAUAUGGUGGCUUUUCUGUUCAUUCUCAAAGCCCCUCUAGCAAGUACACCCCUGGGUCUCAUGCAUAUGCCAAGCUUGCUUCCUCUCCCCUAGCUGUUUCUAGCCAGUCUACCAGUGAUAAGCGGUCAAAUGGCCUGUAUAGCUCAGACUCUCUGCGAACCCUGGGUCUCAUUGGUGUAGUUGAAAGACCCUCUAGACUCCCAUCUCAAGCUCCUUCUGACUCUACAAGCAGUAACCAGAUAUCUGAGCAUUUUGUGGCCAUGCAACGCCCCACAGGUUCAAACCUAACUCCAUCUCUAGGCUUGAGUGCCCAAGCAUCAUCUGUUGGCAUGUUCUCUGGUAUCCCACAGACUGCGCAGGCUCUACGUGAAUCUGGGUCAGAUGUCCAGCUAUACAAUCGACCAUUCCUCAAUCAGCUAUACUCCGUAAAGGGCUAA